GCGGGGCGGCCGCUCCCGGCUGCCAUUUCAUCGCGCCGCCGCUCGGUCCCUCCAUUUUCUCUGCUGCUGCCGGCGGUGCCGGCCCCGUCCCCGCCGCCGUCCCGCGCCCGCCGCCCCCCAUGUAGCCCCGCGGCAGCCCCCCCCGCACACGCCCAGCCGCGGGGCCGCCUCCCGGCAUGAGGAGCUGCAAGAUGGUGCGGGUGGCCAGCGUGCUGGGGCUGGUGAUGCUCAGCGUCGCGCUGCUCAUCCUCUCCCUCAUCAGCUACGUCUCGCUCAAGAAGGACAACAUCUUCGGUGCGCCCCGCGCCGCCGGCCCGGGGGGGCCCCGCAUGUACAUGUUCCACGCGGGAUUCAGGUCCCAGUUCGCGCUGAAGUUCCUGGACCCCUCGUUUGUCCCCAUUACGAACUCCCUGAGCCACGAGCUGCAGGAGAAGCCCUCCAAGUGGGCCUUCAACCGGACCGCGUUCGCACAUCAGAGGCAAGAAAUCCUUCAGCAUGUCGAUGUGAUAAAAAAUUUCUCUUUGACCAAGAAUAGUGUUCGGAUUGGACAGCUGAUGCAUUACGAUUAUUCCAGCCAUAAGUAUGUUUUCUCUAUCAGCAAUAACUUCAGAUCGCUGCUUCCCGACGUGUCGCCGAUCCUGAACAAGCAUUACAACAUCUGCGCCGUGGUUGGAAAUAGCGGGAUCCUGACCGGGAGUCAGUGCGGGCAAGAAAUAGAUAAGUCCGAUUUUGUUUUUCGUUGCAAUUUUGCUCCAACCGAGGCUUUCCAAAAAGAUGUUGGAAGGAAAACCAACCUUACAACCUUCAACCCCAGCAUCCUGGAAAAGUAUUACAACAAUCUUUUGACCAUUCAGGAUCGCAACAACUUCUUUUUAAGUCUGAAGAAGCUUGAUGGGGCCAUUCUUUGGAUCCCCGCUUUUUUCUUCCACACGUCAGCAACGGUCACGAGAACACUGGUUGACUUCUUUGUUGAGCACAGGGGGCAGCUAAAGGUCCAGUUGGCUUGGCCGGGAAAUAUAAUGCAGCACGUUAACAGGUACUGGAAGAACAAACACUUGUCACCCAAGCGGCUGAGCACAGGUAUUCUCAUGUAUACCCUCGCUUCUGCCAUAUGUGAAGAGAUUCACCUGUACGGAUUCUGGCCCUUCGGGUUCGACCCCCACACGAGGGAGGACCUCCCGUACCACUACUAUGAUAAGAAGGGAACAAAGUUCACGACCAAGUGGCAGGAGUCCCACCAGCUGCCUGCAGAGUUCCAGCUGCUCUACAGGAUGCACGGUGAAGGACUGGCCAAACUCACCUUGUCGCAUUGUGCCUAAGAACCUAAAUCUCAAAGUGCCAAAUGAUUGUCUAAAAAGUGCCCAAAACCGAAUUAAACAUUCUUCAGAUAUAAUUCUAAAAAAAAAAAAAAAAAAAAAAAAAAAAAAAAAAAAAAAAACCCAACAAAACCCCACUCUAAAAUAUUUUGCAUAAUAUAAAGAUGCUUUUUAGUCACCCUUGUCGCUGCUCAUCAAAGGGUUUAAGCAUAUUUAGCAGUGCAGAAGCAUUUAUCAAAUUCUGUGGAUGCUGUUCAUGCAGCAGCAAAGUUGAAAUAUUUUGCAUUUAUAAAUAUGCCACUAAGUAUGUUUUAAGAUAUGUUCAUAUUUUAGCAUUCCCCUAAAUGCCCUAAAUCUCUUAAUUUUAUUGUUCCUUCCCAAUUAGAACUAGAAAUGCUAAUUUUCAGAGGUUUUGCUUAUUUUGUAUAUGUUGCUAUCAAUAGCUCAGCAAACAUUUAGUGCCGUGGCCGAUCGAGAAAGCCGCUCUGAAUUCCAGUUCUUCGUCACCUGCAAGUUCUUCGGCGUGGAUCCUCGUUUCCACCGCCUGCAUAUUUUCAUAUUUACUGAGUUUUACCUUUCGUAAAGAACACCGUGAAGGAGGUGAUCACAACAUAGCUUGUACCUUAGCUAGGCGUUUAUAUUGCUCUCAGAAUACUUCAGCGAUUUACUUCACCUUGGGCCAAAGCCCAGUCCAAAUUAGCCAGGCUGAACCGUGGUCGCCCCCACCCGUGUGACGCUAUUUGCUCCUUUGAUUUUCAAGUUCAGCCACCACAAGGAACGGAAUUAGGUUUCUCCAGAGAUGUGUUGGGUGCGAAGAGCCCCAAGCCCCGGUGCGGGCGCACCUCUCUCUGCGCCUGCUCUCCGCACCCUCCGACGACAGGGGGUUCUUUGGCAGGACGAUCCCCCGAGCGAGGAGCACCGGGGCUCCCGCCCAUCCCUUUGCACCCACGGAGCCCGCCGGCGCUCCUCGUUGCCCCCUCCCUGCAUGCGUGGCCCCGCCACGGGCUGCACCCCAGGGUGCUGUGGGGCAAGGAGCGGCGGUACCGGACGUAGGCACUCUCUGCGUUUCCGUCCGUCCGUCCCGCGGUGGCAGUGGGGCGUAUCGCCCAGCGAUGCCGGUCUGUAGGGAGCAGUCAGAGCCUUCGUUAGCCCAACUAACGGCGACGGGGCAGACGGGCCGGCCGGCCCCUGGGGUCAGCGAGGCUCCGGUCGUCCCCCUGCCGCGACCCGCGGCGGUCUGGCGAGGGGUGCCCGGCCCCCGGCUCCGCAGGCAGGGCUGGCUGGGCAGGCACCGGCUGGCCGGGCAGCGCCGGGAGCCAGGCACCGGGAUUUCUAAAAGUGGGGUUUACAGGGAAGCGAGCGCGGCAGGAGGGAGGAGGAAAUACAGUUACCAGAUUUCCCCUUUUACAGCUCUAAGUCCAGGCUCAGCCGGCUGGGUCAGCGGCCCCGUUUCCAGCCACCAGCUGCCGUCCCAGGCAGUCGGGCACGGCUUCCCCAGCACCGAUGAAAAUCAGGCUGCCUGUGGAGGGACAAACCCUAGGGUCACGCACGGUUUGAGAGUGCUGGCCGUUAUGUCUCAGGAUAGAGGAGCCUGUAAAAUAACUGGGUUUCUUAUGACGACAAUAUGCUUUUACAAGUAUUUUAACAUUUUUCUGCCGUUCUGUGUGAUGCCGAGAACUGACUACACACUGAACGGACGCAAAAUCCAAUUUAAAAUUGUACUUUAAAAUGGCACAUUUUAAUUUUUCUCAGCCUCUUUACCUCCAAGCGGGCACAGGAGGUGAGGAAGGAGAUCUCGAGUACCACACCAAGCCUGAGCGGCCUGGAGCAUCUCCCGGUGCCCGCCGCUGCCCCGCUGCGGCACCGCAGCUCUGCCGGCCCCCGAAGCCGUGCCCCCCCCUCUCCCGUGCCCCGUGUGGAAGGGGAGCCGGAGGCUCUCCCCCCCAUUUUAAUUAUCCCACAUUUUCUGGCUUUUGCUUUUCCCAAGGCUGUCCGGGGCUGGGGUGCGCUGCGGAGGGGUGUCCCCCACGCACAGACCCGGCCCUGCAGGGAGCCGCGGCGCUUCCCCGCUCGGCUGUUUCAACCUGGCUCAGCGUUCCCGGGGCUCUGGCUCUCCGUGCUGUCGUGUCGGUCCCGCGCUCAUCGCCGUUCCCACAGCAGAGUACGACCUCUAGCAACUGUUAUUAUGAAGACGUAGUCGUGCAGUGAUGGUGGUGUCUUAUGCCAUAUGGUGCCGUAUGAGUUGUUCUUGAUAUUAUCACGUGUUCGUUGUGUCGUCGUCGCGCGUGAGGGCCCGGGCCAGGAGCAGUUUGGCUGUGCUGGGCGCGGACCACGGCGAGCGCGGGGACAGGCUGUCCCCAUCGCUCGCAGCUGCCUCCCUUGGGGGAAGGACCAAGUCCUCCCCACCUCUGCGAGUUUGCGGGAUUGCACCCGCGGACGGGCAGCCCUGCCCGCGAGCCGUGGGGCGGCCGGCAGGAGCGCGGGGACGGGCGCGAGGGGCUCGGUGGAGAGCACUGCCUGCGAGCGGCCGUGCCGCCACGCUGCCGGACGCCCGGACCGCGGGGAGCUGCCGGGGCCGGGAGCAGCCAGGCAGCACCAGCCCCGACCGAGUCCCGCGGGAAACCUUCCCCGAGUGCUGGAGUGUGCGGGUUGGUUUUACCCCAGAAGAGACAUUGCCCAGGGAAGGGAGAGUUCUGCACUGGUUGUUAAUGAAGGGCAGUCGUUAAUCAUCUCGGCUAUCGUUUCCUGUUGGGCUGGACGGCAGCUGCGUGCUCGCUAAGGCAGGCGGGUCGCUUUGCAGGCCGCUGAGGUGCACGGCUGAAGGGGCGCCCAGCGGCCGGGAGCUCGGCAAAGAGCCCACCGGGGCUGGGGUUUGGGGGAGAAGGGCCACCCCGAACCCCAAGGGACGCCGUCUGGCUCCUGGCGAAUGCCGGGUAUUUCUAGUAAGAGGCAGGUUAUCAGUUUCCUGUAGGGAGUGAUCAUCUUUACUCAGCAACCGAAAGAAACGCCCCCCGUUAUCCUUUGCCUGACCGCGGGGGCCGCCGUGCGCUGCCCCGUUCUGGGCUGCCGGCUCCCAGCGGGGCAUUGCCCUGGCAGCUCUUGCCCGGCUGCCGCACGGCGUUUCCGUGGCGUAACUACUUUAAAUUACACGUAGUCGCAAGUAAACGCUCGUUAGCCUAAACAAGCGUGUGUCUGUCCGUGCACCUCCUGCGUCUCCCGGAGGCCCUUUUUGCAACGGGGAUGCUCAGCCCCGGGGCGAGACCUUGCUCUGGUCCAGCUGCAGCUCCGCGUGCCUUCUCCCCUGACGGCAGCGGGACCGCUCGUGGAGCAGGGCACUGGAUGUUACCCGGCCGGCACGGAAACAGAUGGACCUGCCGCGUAACUGCAUAGCGAAACGCGGACGUGGCAGUCUCCGGAGUCAAACCAUCCCGGGGGGAGCUGUGCAAUGCUGGGAAGCUGCAUGGGACAGGCUGCCCCAUCCCCCGCGUCCCCGGGGAGGGCCGGCAGCAGAAGCUGAGGACGCUGCAAGGGUUUGCGUGGCUGCGGCACCCGAGCGGCAAAGCUCGUGUGGAGCUGGUUGGCACAGCCCGGCGGCGUCCGGCCGCUGCCCGAGAGCCCGUGCGGGACGAGGCAAGUGUCAGCUCUGGCGUGCCCGAGGGCCUCGGUCCUGAGCACUGCACAUCUUCCCUCUGCUCAAACCACUGCUUUAGGGCAUCCGGGAGAGAAGGGAAAAUGUAAAAAUUAGAAACUGAAACCGAAAGCCUGAAUUGCCCCAGGGUAGUUUUUUAAUUUUUCAUAAUUGAUUUCUGUAACUUUUAUUUCCCUUCCUAAUCACAAGAAAACUCGGGGAAAUUGCCCACGGCUGGAAUUUCUGCUCCCUCCCCCAACUCGCGCCCCCGGCCCGGUUCCCACGGCUGCACGGGAGCUCUGCGACGCCCCGCUCACCCCCAACCCCAGGGAGCACCGGGGGCGCAGCACCACGGAAGGGUGCUUCGGCGCACGGUACCUUAAUUUGAUCUGGCUUGGUUUAAGCAAACGGGAUGUGUCUGUCAGCCGGGCCCUGUUACGGCUGAAGGCAGCAGACCCCGCCGGGGGGUCUCUGGGGAGAGCCCCAGUGCCCUGCAGCCCCCUCCGCCCCCGGAGAGGGACAGGACCCGCCGUGGGUGCCGGGAACGGCCCUGGCAGCACAGCUGGAACUUUCCAGAGGCACAAAGAGGCACCCAGAGCAGAGGAGGAAGCACGAAAACGCCUGCAAAUAUUCGGAAAUGGGAAUACGGAAAAAUUAUUGACAGAGCGCCAUAUUAUAUCAUUGAUUUUUAAGCAAAACUCCCCAUCGAUUUUUCAGAACCACAUUGAACAUUUCAGAAUCAUUGAUUUUAAUGGGGAGUUCUGCCCCAAAAUCAAUGGCGCAAUGCAGCCCAAAGUAAAUUGCUUCUUAGUAUCAAUAUUUUUUGUCCAAGCUGUAGCAAUGUGGAAAACCGUCUUAAAACGCGCAUCUUUUGUUUUCGCCUGUUUUCUUAGAUGCUCUUCGAAUUCUGCUUUUAUAGAGAGCCCGGCGGGGAAGGGCGGCUCGUGCCAGCCGCGGCCCAGGGUGGGCUCCGCUCCCCGCGCAGGGAAGGACCCUCCCGGUGCCCCGCGGUCAGACGGGGCUCUUUCCCACGGCCCCACGUCAGGCUGGUCUCUGCAGGACCUCGCGUUAGGGGCACAGCGGGGUGACCCCCCCACACACACACACCCCCCCCCGUGUUUGCACCGACAGGUCUAGGCUUGGCCUCGCCUCACCGCGCCGGGCAGACGGCACCCAAGGGUCUGGGACUGCGGCAAAUGGGGUCUCCCCGUGAGCCGGGGGAGGCCAGCGCUGGGUGCCGGGCAGGAGACCGGGGCGCUGGCUGCUGGCGUCCCUCAGCUCGGAGGGGCCCUCGGAGAAGCCCGCGGGGGGCUGCCGCGAUGCGGGGGGAAGGCGAUGGGGUGUGGUGGGGUCUGACGGAGAGAGGAGGACCGAGGGGUGCGGAGAAGGCGGCAGCUGAGGGGGAGAGGCUCCCCGGGGCAGGAGAUGCCUUUCUGGUCAUCUGCUCCCCCCCGGCCCGAUUCGGUACCUCCUCGCCUGGGCUCUUCCUCCCCUGGGCCUGGCCCAAAAGCUUCCCGCCUCUGCCCACCGAAAUGAAUUCCGGUGGCUCAGGGGAAGCGCGCGCUACCGUUACUGAACGUCUGGACGAGCGAAUAUAGCUCCAUGAAAGUGCGCGCGACGCGACGCGAUCGAUAUUGGUCAGCGCGAAACAUUUUAGUUCACAAAAUCAAGAGAAGGCCGGGGAAGGGUCCGGCGGGCCGCGGGCCCGCUCGCCUGGGCUGGAGGACAGCGUCCCACACGCUGCGGGCAGCCCGAGGCGAGCGGCAGCCGCGUCCCGCUCCGGCCCGACGGGAUGGGCGCUGAGGGCCCGCGGCUGCGGCAGGGACCGUCACCGGGGGCUCGGGGCUGUGCGCUGCGGUCGGGGGGAGCGGGCCGCCGGGCAGGGCUGUGAAGAGGGGGUGUACAUAGGAGUGGAAAUACGUGUGUUACCUUCCCUUCUUUUAGACAUCUCGGGUUUGUAUUUGCGUUGCUUGCAUCUCUUCAGUGAAUGGUAGCACGAUCCAUGAAAACAAAGUCAUUCUGGCUACCGGUUUUAAUUGUGGAGUAUACCAAAAAGCAAGCGUUUGUGAAAUAUAACUAACUGUGAAUGGAGGUUGCAAAACCAGAUUGUUUAGAAAAAAAGCAGGUUUUCUGUAAAUGAAUGUGUCUUUAUUCUAAUGGCUAUACAGUUCAAUGCCUGAUGGAGUUGUUUUCAAUAAAAAAAGAUAAAUAUUUUAAAAAAGGAAAAAAAAAUGCCAUAAUUGUAAUAAAGGAUUCAUUAUUUAACGGCCAUACUAAAAGCAUUAUUUAUUUUUAAAUGGCUAAUGUCCGUAAAGGGCCAGGGCACAGUCUCAGGUGAACGGCAAAGCCGCAGACGUUGCAAGCGAAGCUGCUCCCGCCGAGAGCGAGCCCCUGUGGCGCCAGAGGGGCCAGGAUCGGGCCCGCGGGCUGGCGUGCUUCGUACCAGACGUGGCUCCAGCGCCGAGGCCCGAGCACGCCAGCACGGCACGGCGUGCCUGUAAAGACGUGGGCACGCUGGCGAGCAGCGCCCCGGCCCUUCUCGUGGCGGAGCACCGCAUCCUCGUCACGAGCCUCGUUUGUGGAGAACAACGCGCCGAUUCGUUUGGGAUCGCUCAGCAAUGUGAUUCUUUGGUGUGAAUGUGCCUGCGACAUCGACUCAUGUGCCAAAACACAAUCUUGAAUGCGUUGUUUUUAAAUAAAAUGUUUUAUUGUGCAUUGAAA